GUUUUAGGGCUGGAUAGCAAAGGAGUUCGGUAGAACUUCUUGGCGACAGGGGCUCCUGUUUUGGUUACUUAGAAAAAGUUGGACGUUGGACACCUAAGGGUCUGGGAACGAAUUUGGAUAUUAAGUUUGUUACCUUCACUCUGCGAGUUUGAGGACUGGAAGAGGAAGGGAAGACAACUUCAUCAGUGUCUAAAAAGAGACUAUGCAACUGUGCAACUAUUGUCAAGAGGUGAAAGAUAGACUUUUAAAAUAAUUAAUUAAUUAAUUAAUUAAAGGCCGUGUUGGGUUUUCGUUGCUGCGCCCGGGCUUUCUCUAGUUGCGGUGAGCAGGGGCUACCCUUUGUUGGGGUGCACGGGUUCCUCAUUGGAGUGGCUUCUCUUGUUGCAAAGCACGGGCUCUAGGCACACAGGCUUCAGUAGUUGCAGCACACAGGCUCAAUAGUUGUGGCUCGCGGGCUCUAGAGCACAGGCUCAGUAGUUGUGGCACACGGACUUGCUCUGCGCCAUGUGGGAUAGUCCUGAAGCAGGGAUCGAACCCAUGUCCCCUGCAUUGGCAGGUGGAUUCUUAACCACUGUGCCACCUAGGAAGUCCCAAGAUAGACUGUCUUAUUCAAUACCAGUUUACUGAGAAAGUCCCACCCCAGGCUUGGCUGGUUCCUUGUAUUGCAGUGUUACACUUAAUAUAGUUUGUGCCCUGUUAUCUCAUUCAUAACUCUCUAUUGACCUCAAAGGUAUGAACCCCAUUUCUUCCCAGAAGGCUUAACUAUUGAUAGAAUGGGGCCAAAAAGUUCGUUGGUUUUUUUUUUUUCCCCGUAAGAUGGCUCUAGUAGCACUUAGUUGUCUUUAACUUCAUUCAAAACAAUUUUGUUAGAUUGUAUUGUGAGAGCUGUCAUAUCAGCAUGCAUUAAAAAAAAAAAACUUUCCAAAAUUGGUGAAUUUUUGUGUAGCCAUUUUAAUAUUGGAGAUGGAAGAGAAAAGCAACAUUUUCAGCAUAUUAUGCUUUAUUAUUUCAAGAAAGGUAAAAAUGCACUUGAAACACAAAAAAAGAUUUGUGCAGUGUAUGGAAAAGGUGCUGUGACUGAUGAAACGUGUCAAAAGUGGUUUGUGAAGUUUUGUGCUGGAGAUUUCUUGCUGGCAUUGCUCCACGAUCAGGUAGACCAGUGAUCAAAUGGAGACAGUUAAUUGAGAACAACCAAUGUUAUACCAUGCGGGAGAUAGCCGACAUACUCAGAAUAUCCAAAUCAAGUGUUGAAAAUCAGUUUGCACUAGCUUGGUUAUGUUAAUCACUCUGAUGUUUGGGUUCCACAUGAGUAAAUUGAAAAAACCUUCCUGAUUGUAUUUCUGCAUGCAAUUCUCUACUUAAAUGUAGGGAAAAUGUUCUGUUUUUUUUAAAACAAAUUGUAACUGGCAAUGAAAAGUGGAUACUGUACAAUAAUGUGGAAAGGAAGAGAUCAUGGGGCAAGAGAAAUGAACCACCACCAACCACUCCAAAGGCUGGUCUUCAUCCAGAAGGUGCUGUUCCCAAUUAGACCAACUGAAAGCAGCACUUGACGAAAAGACGAAAAGAGUGUAAUUAGUCAACAGAAAACACAUAAUCUUCCAUCAGGAUAAUGCAAGACCGCAUGUAUCUUUGAUGACCAGACAAAAACUGUUAUGGCUUGGCUAGGAAGCUCUGAUUCAUCCACCAGAUUCACUAGACAUUGCACUUUCGGAUUUCUGUUUAUUUUGGUCUUUACAAAAUUCUUUUAAUGGAAAAAAUUUCAAUUCCCUUGAAGACUGUAAAAGGCGUCUGGAACAAGCCUUUGCUCAAAAAGAUAAAAAGAUUUUGGGAAGAUGGAAUUAUGAAGUUGCCUGAAAAUUGGCAGAAGGUAGUGGAACAAAACGAGGAAAAGAUGCUAGAACCACAGGAGAAUGGCUUGAUUGACCUACCAGAUUAUGAGCAUGUGGAAGACGAAACUUUUCCUCCGUUCCCACCUCCACCUUCUCUAGAGAGAGAAGAUGGUGAAGGAGCUGAACCUGAAGAAGGGAGAGGAGCACCUGUUCCUGUACCUCCAAAGAGAACAGUUAAAAGGAAUAUACCCAAGCUGAAUGCUGAGAGAUUAAUUUCAGAGAGAGGGCUUCCAGCAUUAAGGCAUGUGUUUGAUAAAGCAAAAUUCAAAGGUAAAGGUCAUGAGGCUGAGGACUUGAAGACACUAAUCAGACACAUGGAGCACUGGGCGCAUAGGUUAUUCCCUAAACUGCAAUUUGAAGAUUUUAUUGACAGAGUUGAAUAUCUGGGAAAUAAAAAGGAAGUUCAGACCUGUUUAAAACGAAUUCGACUUGAUGUCCCUAUCUUACAUGAAGAUUUUGUUAGCAAUAAUGAUGAAGUAGGGGAAACUAAUGGCCACGAUGUAACUGUUACCGAAUUAGAUCCCUUUCUGACAAACUCAUCUGAAAGUGCAAAGUCUACUUCUGAGUCAAGUAGAAGCCUAACAGAAGAACAACAACAAAGAAUUGAGAGAAAUAAACAACUGGCCUUGGAAAGAAGACAGGCAAAGCUACUGAGUAACAGCCAGUCCCCAGGAAAUGACUUGUUAAUGAACACCCCCAGUACACAGACACCUGAAGAGGGUGGUACAGGUGAGGAGCAAAAGGAGGAAGACUCAGAUGGAUUUAACAGAGACCUUCUAGACAAUCCAUGUAACGGUGCUGAUGCCAGUGCUGUGAAUGAAGAGGAGGAGUUAAAAACAGAGAACAUGCAACCGGACCAGUCCUUCCAAAGUGUACACUAGGAACUUAUGGCUUCACCUUGAAGUGUUACUGAGGUUGGCUAGGCCUCAGAUGAGAAAAUCUAUUCACUUGCUAUCUUCCAAAUUUGAGAUGACUGUGCAUUUUGUCUGUUUUGAGUCAAAAUCCUUAUAUAGUGAAACUUGUAUAGAUUCCUGUUUAAAAUUUGGUAUUAUUUAUAAUUAGAGUUGUUUCUUAUUCACUUUUGUUUAUUUAUUCUCCUUAGUGUUUAUUUUUAUAUAGGUAUGACCUUGUAAAGAUGAUUGGUAAUUAAUACAUAGCUUCUGCUGCUAGUGUGCCAUUGAAUGCCCUGUUUUUACUAAAUUGGGUGGUGUUUUAAGAUGUAAAUAUGUAAUAAAUACUAAUGUUCAUUUUUUUUUAAUUUUACAAACUCUGUAGAGGCUUAUAAAAGUUUUUCAUUGCUUUUUAGUUCUACACUUUACACUUUUGGUAAAUGUUUACAGUUGUUAUGUGUGUUUACAUGUCUUUUGAGGAGUCACUUUAAUACUUAAAGUGACUGAAAAGCUAACAUAUUGUCUGGCCUGCAUAGGUGCUAGGGAAGUUCAAAUGCUUCUUCCUACCUUACUAACUAGUUGGAGAAAAACUUGCAAAGUAUCUUGGAGAACACAGAGCACACAGAAAGGAUUCACAGGAGCCCUUGUGUUGGUGGAGAUGCCAAGGAUUGGGAAAAACAUGUACAAUAACACAGAAAUGAAAAUCUAGGAAAUAAGAGAGAUUUGGGAAUGGUGAAUAUGAGGCUGAAGUGUUAGGGCCAUGUGGUACUAAGACCUAAUUGGAGUUUUUCCUGCCUGAGUUUAUCAACUUGGUGGAGGGGUAAUUACAGAUAGAAAGUACCACAUUGAGAAUCAAGUUUAAAGGUCAGUCAGGUUCUUGGCAGGAGAUUCCCAUGGGGGAGAGGGAAAGGCAAAGCUAGUUUUUACAAACUAGGACAUGGGAGGGUUGCUUUUUGGAGGGAAGACUGACAGAGUGAUGGUGCUAAGUAACAAGUCUCCAGCAAGGGCAAGGCCAGCGUAGCGCAUCAUCUGAGGAGUACUCAGCACAAUGAGAGGGUGGGAAGGGAGGUUUCAGAGAACAGACCUUGCCCUGUGCACCCCACCCCACUCCUGUGACCUAUCCCCAACUGGUGCUGGAGACAGCAGGGGAGACUGAGUCGACUAUGAAAUAGGGAGUUUUAAAGUGGCUACGUGGACAGGACUGAGUUAUUAUCUGAAGGUGACUGAAAAGU